GCUGUUGCUAUGACAGCGCUUGACUGUUUACAUGCCACUGAAGUUGAAUUUGUUCUCUUGUUGCCCCUGUUAAAAAAAAAAAAGCGUGUUGCGUCGUCGCUGGCACUUUGAGCGUCUUCGUAACUUUGGGCGAUGCCGACCAAAAUUGAAAGCGUGUCGAGGAGGACGAAGGCCGCCAAGGGGAAAGUGUCCGUAGGACUUGCGGACGCCCUUUCGACGGAAGACACGUCCAAGGAGCAGCUGGAGGAGCACAUCAUCCGCCUGCGAGAGGAGCUGGAGCGCGAGCGUGAGGAGCGGAGCUUCUUCCAACUGGAGCGGGACAAGAUCCAAAGCUUCUGGGAGGUGAGCAAGCGCCACCUGGAGGAGACCCAGGCGCAGCUCAGGAAGCGAAGCGGGGAGAAGGACGAGGCCGAGCGACGGCACCGCGUGGAGAUCAGCGUGUACAAGCAGAAGCUGAAGCACGUCCUGUCGGAGCGGCACGCGGCGGCGACCGACGAGAAGACGGACGGCGGCGCGGCGGCGCGGCUCGCGCGCGGACGCCACGCGGACGCCGAGGCGCGCCUGCGCGGGCGCGUCCAAAACGCGCAGGCCGACGCUCGCCAUCGCGAGUUCUGCGGCCGCCGGUGCAUCCGGGAGCUCGAACUGAAGCAUCAAGUGCAGCUGAUGGAGCUCAGCAACAACUACGACAAGAGAAUCUCAGAGGUGGAGGCCGAGUACGGCGAGAAGCUGGAGCAGAUGCGGCGUGCGGAGAGCGAGAAAACGUCGACGGCCAUCUUGGCGUUGCGAGACCAGAUGAGCGAGCGCCUCAAAUUGUUGACGGACGAGCAGCGCCAAAAGUUUCCAGCGGCCGAAGAAUUCUUCGGCGCCGUGCAAAGCAAACUCGGCCACGACGGCAAAAUCCUCAAGGAGGAGGCGUCCGUGGCGAGGAAGCGGCACGCACGCGUGAACGUCCACCUGAAGGAAGCCGAGCAGCACAACAAAAGUCUCGACGUUUCCCUGCAGGAGGCCGAGCGGAAGUUUCCGGACAUCCGCCGGCAGCUGGAGGGACACGGGCGGGCGCGCUCCCGACAGGCGGCCGGCAGCACCCGUGCGAAGAUGCUGGAGGAGCAGCUGGAGGACGUCGUCCUCGAACGAAACCUGCUCAUUGCCGCCUUUGCACAGGUGGAGGAGGAGCGUGACGCGCUGCUGAGGAAACAGACUGAGGUCCUGCUGGAGGUCCAGCGGAGGAGCGGUCUCAAGGAAAUUCUUCUGGACCGAAAGAUGGCGCAACUGACUCAGUCUGUGGACCGAAAGGAGGCACAGCUCCUCGCCGCCUCCGCCGCCAUCGGUCUACCGCCCCGCCGCGACGUCGCGGCCGCCGACAGACUACGGGAAACCCUGGAGGCCAAGAGGGACGCCAUCAGGACGCUACAGGAAGACCUGGACCAACAAUGUCAGGAGUACGCCACCUUGGUGGAGACGUGCCGCGAUGGUCUUCACGCGCUCGGCGUCCCGUCCUACGACUUCCCGCUCAGAGCCGCAGAGCUCGUCCUCAACACGCACACGCACUAACACACAUCCAUACACGCAGUCAGUAGUUUCCAGCUGGUGUGUAGGACAAAAAGCUGAAUCACGAUCACAAAAGUGAAGCGAUUUCGGUUACUUUUAGUUUUAUUUUCAUUUUUGAAUGAACUUUGAAGUGGCGGCCGCACGAGCGCUUCUCAGUCGAGCCGUCCGUAGGACUCCACGAGCUGCGUUUUGUGGCCAAUUUUAUUUUCCAUGUUAACGGGAAAUGUCAAACUAUUGCUCGAUUAAUAAAGCUAAUAAAAGAGGCAAAAGAGCAAAUAAGUUGACUUGAUUUACUGUCCAUGAAGAAUAUAAAACAAAGUUUACAUUCAUAUAUAUAAAAAAAAAAAAAAAAAAA